GGAAAAUACUCUGAUAAUUACGGUGUCUACAGCGGAUGAAAAGCAGCCCAAACAGAAGAAAGGAUCAAGCAGAUACGCAGUGUUUGUUGUGGUGGGACGGCGACAGCAUUCUCAAGCAACACCGCAUGAGUCACUAGAACAGGACAAUUGGCGAGCCUUGCCGAUCCUUAAUCCACCGGGAAUACCAGACCGCGCGCCGCCACCAUCGUCAAACCUUCCCCUCUCACAUCAGCAGUGCACCGCAGCCAUACAGCGCUCAAUCUAGCCCUGGAAUGACGGAAUCCUUAACAGAGUCCAACCAAGAAAACCAAGCAUCGGAAAGCAAUGAGUCGCACCAGCCGCAGCAUCACGAUGACCCGGAGAAGGGCAUCGCCGCUUGGCUUGGGGUGCUUGGUGCGUUUCUUGUGUACACCGCAUCAUGGGGAUUCCUGAGUACAUACGGUUCAUACCAAAAGUACUAUGAAACGACAUUCUUAAAAGAUGUCUCUCCGUCUGCCAUUGCGUGGAUCGGCACACUCGAGGGCGUCAUCCUCAUCAUGGGAGGAGCGGUAACUGGUCCGAUAUAUGACCGCGGUUACAUCCGCGAGCUUCUCAUCUCGGGAACGUUCUUCACCGUCUUCGGCAUCAUGAUGCUCAGCCUUGCCGAGACAUUUUAUCAGGUUCUCUUGGCCCAGGGCAUCUGUGUCGGCAUCGGUGGUGCUCUCCUCUAUGUACCGAGUAUUAGCAUGAUAGCUACUACAUUCACGAAACGGCGCACCUUGGCCGUUUUCCUCACGAGCUCAGGGAAUGCUGUUGGUGGCAUCGUAUAUCCUGUCAUGUUUGUGUCACUGCAGCCCAAGAUUGGCUUUGCGUGGACAACGCGAGUACUUGGAUUCCUAACACUGGGCGUACUGGUCGCUGCUAUCCUCCUCAUGCGAUCUCUUGGCCAAGCCAAAAUGCCGCAAGAGCCCCGUACUCUGGUGGACAUGACGGCAUUUAGAGACCCCGUCUUCAUGGUUUACUGUGUAGCGCUCUUCUUCAUGUGGAUCGCGUACUGGGUUCCCUUUUUUCUGUUGCCGACCUUUGCACAGUUCAAAGCUGGCGCAAGCUCCGAUCUUGCAUUCUAUGUGCUUGUCAUUUGCAAUGCGUCGACCAUUAUAGGCCGAUACAUGGCUGUCCCGUUGACAAAGCAAGUCAGCAGUGCGGCCGGCAUGGGCUUCCUUUCACUAGUCACCAGCAUUUUGCUCUUUGCCUGGACUGGCGUGCGUUCCAUCGCAGGCACCAUUGUCUGGUCUGUAUUUAUUGCCAUCUUCAUGGCCCCGUUGUCAGUAGUCUACCCAGUCCUUAUUCAUGAGCUCACACCAGACAAACGACUGGUGGGAAACAGAAUGGGCAUCUCGUCGUUUGCCGCGGCGCUGGGGACGCUUAUUGGGUUUCCUGUGACGGCUGCGUUGAAUGACAUCGAAGCCGGUAUCUUCUGGAAGAGUCAAGUAUUUAACGGAGUCUGCAUUCUCCUUGGCGCAUUGUUGAUGGUCUACGUAUAUAUCAAGACCAGACAACCAAAGGAAGAGAAAACUGCACAGGCAGCUGUUUGAAGCUUGCCUCCAACUACAUACGUACAUACAUGCACAUACCAAGCAUUCAAAUACAUACACACUUUAAAAGUCUAUUAUUUGUUUAAGCCGAAGAGAUCCUCUCCAUCUCUAUGAUAGUAGUACUUUACAAUGUCUUGGGCAAGAUGGAGAAUCCAACCGGCUUGCCAGCAACAAGCAGGUCCAAGUUCUUGUCAAACGCAAAAUCCUCUUCCCUGACGCAAAAGCCAAAGCCAACUCCCGCAGCAUACUUGGUGAGGCCACUGUUGCGGCACUCAAGCAUUCCCUUGGCCUCGAGAUUCUUGUCACUGGCAUACGACCAUUUCUGAGGAGGCUCAUUGUCGCCGCACUGAACUUCAGCUCCAGCAGCCACAACGCUCAUCCAGUUGGGCUUUCCAAAGACGUUGACACCGUUAAUAUGGACGAGGCCGUGGUCAGGUCUAGCGUUGAAGCCAGCAAAGUACAUCUUGGUGUUGUGGUCCAUGUAGCCCUUUUCCGAUGUGGAGGCAUAAAACAUGGGAAUCCACUCGAGCUCGACAGCCUUCUUCAUAAGGCUCAAGCCCUUGGGAAGGCGGCGGACGCGCUUCUCGUCAUCGUCGUCCUCGUCCCUGCCGGGGAUCUCGCGCAUCCAGAUGUGAAUUUCGUCGUCUGUGCAGUUGUUGUAGAUGGCGGUCGAAAAGCUUCCGGGAACGGGUGCUACAGUGGAAGCAGUAGCAACGGUCGCGAAAAGAACCGCAAUGGCAGUGAAUCGGCAAACCAUAUUUGCGACUGAAUAUAUGCAGUGGGUAGAGCAAAGGUAUUUCACAGUGGGUGGAAUGGGCUGUGCUUCAAGAGCUACGGCAGACGCUGGUUUAAAUGGUUUCUGCUCAUCUUCCUAGCCGUCCUACACCAAGGUAGACAAGAUCCAGUCAAAAGGACUAGAAUUCUUGAUUUCUCAGCGAUGAUGUAGUAGUGUCGUCCGUUAUGUAAUGGGACACUGGUUUCAUUUUUGUCACCCUGCCAUUUAUAGUGAAGUGGCGUGGCGAUUGAUGUAACCUUGGCCUGACAUUGUAGCCGAGCGAUCGGUACUAGUGCAUACUAGACUGGGGGAUGCCGCUUGCGCAAAAUUCAGAAACAACAGGUUCUCAGUAGUAAAGUCAAACUUUGCGCUGAAACAAUUGACUGGCUCUGUCCCCGAUUGACUUGGCAGUACGUGGAAUAUUUGCAGUUUGCCGCCGCUGCAAAGGCCCGGCCAGACGAAUUGCCGACAUGUAAUCUAGUCUAGUCCAGGUUGCAAUACUUUUAAACUACUGGCACAGCCUCUUUUGUUGUCAGGACGGUCUUGCCAAAAUUCUUGCUCGACUUAUACCAAUGCUCCGAGGAGCCAUCAUCACAUGAAGGGGCUGCAGCGAAUGUAUAAAUGAAAGAAGUAUUAUUGCAACAAAA